GCUGCAGCGCAGGUUUCAGAGCUGCACAGGCCGGGGGCCCCAGUGCUGCUGCUGCAGGUUGUCCGGUAGGGUGCCCGUCGAGCUGCACAACACGCUGUUGGUGUCAGGAGAGGAGAAAAGGGGGGAGGUGGAGGGGAACGUGAGGAAUGGCUGAAAACUGACGGUGCUCUCCUGCAAGGGAACAAACCAGCACGCAAGAUAUCGUCCCGGUGCGUUUCACGCUUCCAGCGACGCGUUUGCCCGUGUACUGCGCAUAGGUGUUAUUUUCGCUCUUUAAUGGGACAGAGAAAACGCAAAAAACGCAAGGUAGACUGCCGCUCCUGUCGCCAGCAGAGCUACUUUAUGGACUAAAUACGACAUAAACAGGGCUGAGAAAUGUUUCACAGCAAGCCGACGGCUCGGGCUUCAUCCCCUCUUCAUGCCUCGACCGAGCCGACCACAUGAGAAGUCGACGUCCGGGGUAGAAUAAGCCGCAAACAAAGGCCCCCUUCUUCCUCUUCACCGCUUCCACCUGAACCGACCGGGGAGAGGAGGGAAAAACAAAAACAUGCGUGCGGAUUUGUUUUGGAUAUGUUUGUGGUGCUUCGUUCGUCCCAGCGCCUCCGGUCAAGGGCAGUCGACGGCCGUAUGCUCACCCUCAUGCAGCUGCGAUGAAGACGGGGGAGCCGACUGCUCGGGGAGAGGACUGACCGCCGUCCCAACUGGGCUCAGCACUUUCACCUACUACCUUGACCUGAGCAUGAACAACAUCACUGAGCUUCCAGCAUACGUAUUCAAGAACCUUCCCUACCUAGAAGAACUACGACUUGCAGGGAAUGACCUGACAUUCAUCCACCCGGACGCCCUGUCUGGUCUGCAUCAGCUCAAAGUCCUGAUGCUGCAAAAUAAUCAACUUAAAUCUGUUCCUAGCACAGCACUGAAAACCCUUAACUCGCUCCAGUCCCUUCGCCUGGAUGCAAACCACAUUACAACCGUUCCUGAUGACAGCUUUGAAGGUCUCCAGCAACUGCGCCACCUUUGGCUGGACGACAACCACCUGACAGAUAUCCCCGUCAGUUCCUUGAGACACCAGUCAAAUCUUCAGGCUCUGACUCUGGCACUCAACCGCAUCUUGUAUAUACCAGACAACGCCUUCGCAAACCUGACUAGUCUAGUUGUGCUGCAUCUUCAUAACAACCAAAUUAAGGAGAUAGGAGCCAACUGUUUUGCUGGAUUGGUGAACCUGGAGACACUAGAUCUUAAUUUUAACAACCUGAAGGAGUUUCCAAAAGCAAUAGAGGCCCUGCCCAAACUGAAAGAGCUUGGGUUUCACAGCAAUGAUAUUGCAGCCAUUCCAGAAAGGGCCUUUCAUAACAACCCCAUGCUACGAACCAUACAUCUUUAUGACAACCCUCUGUCAUUUGUGGGUGCUUCAGCUUUCCAGAAUCUUUCAGACCUGCGCUCUCUGAUGUUGCGUGGUGCCAGUUUGAUGAAGGACUUUCCCAUUCUGACAUGGACUAAUAAACUGGAGAGUCUGACCCUCUCAGGUACCAAGAUAUCAUCCAUACCCACCGAUCUGUGUGAAGAUCUCAAGUUACUUCAGACACUUGACCUGUCCUACAAUGAGGUGAGGCAGCUACCGUCGCUCCAGGGCUGCAGUCGGCUCCAGGAGAUAAGCUUCCAGCACAAUCAUAUUGAAGAAAUCGACAGAGAUACUUUCCAGGAUCUCUCGGCACUCCGUUUGUUAGACCUGAGUAGAAACAAAAUUCGAGUUAUCCACAAAGAUGCUUUCCUCACCCUCACUGGACUCACCAAUUUAGAUCUGAGUAUGAACUCCCUGUCUGUGAUUCCAACAACGGGACUGAGUGCCGUCAGUCAGCUGAAACUUUCAGGAAACCCACAGAUGAAAAAUGUUCUUCCUGCGAAAAACCUGCCAAAACUCAGGUCCAUCUCUGUCCCUUACGCCUACCAGUGCUGUGCAUUCGUUGGGUGUGAGUCAGUGACGAGGUCUUCUGAGGAAACGGACAUGAAGAAAUCCACAGGUGUAGAAGACGCGGAGCAGGUCUCAAUGAUAAUGCAUUGCUCUCCUUCACCAGGAGCCUUCAAGCCUUGUGAGCACCUCUUGGGUAACUGGAUGAUUCGACUGACCGUCUGGUUUAUCUGCCUGGUGUCGCUGGUGUUUAACAGCCUGGUGCUGGUGACCACCUUCUCGCCCGCUCACCGCGCCGCUGGCUAUUCCCACUACCUGACUCCGUCUCUGUCACCGGCCAGGCUGCUGAUGGGAUUGCUGGCCCUGGCAAACCUGCUCACGGGCCUGUACGUCGGCAUCCUGACCGUGCUCGACGCUGCGACCUGGGGAUCCUUCGCGGAGUUUGGCGUGUGGUGGGAGAUGGGCCCCGGCUGCCAGGUGGCAGGGGCUCUCGCCGUGUUCUCUUCAGAGUGGUCGGUGUUGCUGCUGUCGCUGGCGGCCGUGGAGCGCAGCAUGGCGGUCCGGAUGAUUCUCGGAAAAGUGAUGAUGCUGCCCAGGAGGAACGGCGGCAACCACCGCAGGUUCUUGAGAGGAUACCAACGCUUCGGCCUGGCCGCGGGGCUGCUGGGGUUGCUGGCCGUAGCCGGGGCCUGUCUGCCCCUUCUGACCUUCAGCGAUCAGUCCUCUUCUCCUCUCUGCCUGCCGUUCGCUGGUGGUGAGAGUCCAGCUCUGAGUGUUACCGUCGUUCUGGUCCUGCUCAACGCCCUGGCCUACCUCUUUACGGCUGCAGUGUACACCCAGCUCUACUGUCACCUCGGCAGGGUGGAGCUGGCGGAUCCGGAACAGACCGGCGCCCUGCGUCACGUGGCCUGGCUCAUCUUCACCAACUGCAUCUUCUUCUGUCCCGUAGCGGCGUUCUCCUUUGCCCCCCUCCUGACCGGCUCUACGGCCGGCGGCCCAGAAAUCGCCAAGUCUGUCACCCUCAUUUUCUUCCCGCUGCCCGCGUGCCUGAAUCCAGUGUUGUAUGUGUUUUUCAGCCCAGCGUUCAGAGAGGACUGGUUAAGGCUGCGCGGCCAUUUUGGUUUGACCAGAGAGGCAAAGGGGGGCGCUGAAGGCGGUUGCAACGACGGCGGCGGAGGCUCUGAGCUCACAGACGGAGGAUCCUCCACCCAUCUGGGCUUUGACUGUGGCAUGUACUCACAGCUUUGUGGGGAGACUGUAUGCGAACAGUGCGAGGCAGUGCUACGUGCCCGGACCUGCUCUUCCCCCUCAGCCUCCUCAGUCUGCAGACAUUUGGUGAAGUCUCACAGCUGUCCCACCCUCCUGGCCGGAGCUGCAAUAUGCCCGCGCUCCGAGGGGUUCUGGGCAGACAGCGGCACGCCCUCUGCUCAGUCCGAGUGCGCUGACGAGGGAGACUCGUUUGUUUCAGACAGUUCAGACCAGGUUCAAGCCUGCGGCAGGGCCUGCUUCUGCCAAAGCAGAGGACUUCCUCUUGUACACUACUCAUACAACAUACCUCGAGUCAAAGACUAAGGGUGCCUCGGUGCUCCAGUACGUCAGUGUGCACAGAUAUGUCUGUCAUGUGAAUUUAGAUUCUUCAAGAUUAUGUAAUUUUUAGAUGUUAUAUAUAUAUAUAUAUAUAUAUAUAUAUAUAUAUAUAUAUAUAUAUAUAUAUAUAUAUAUAUAUAUAAUCAGAACAGAAAAUGUGCCAACUACCUUUGCGAUUCAUCAAGCACUUACAUUUUUAAUUACUGUCAACAGAAAUGCAACAAAUGAUUGAAAGGGAAUCUCCAGCUGAACAAGCAUUUCUCGAUGAAGUGAACUGAGUACUUCAUGUUACAAACUGCUCAGCAGAGGAAAUCUUACCGCCGGUGCCUGCCUGCCUCUUGCGAUCAACUGACCUGGUGUGUGGAUUAUGAUGACGAUGCAAAGAUGUAAUUAUUUUUUUGUGUUCUGUACUCAUAAGCUUUUUAAAUGUAUCAUGCAUCACAUUUUAACACGCCUCUGCAGCAACAGUUUUUUAAUAAUUGUUGGAAAUGUAAAAAAUCUUUGC